AUGUGGGAACCCUAUCGAACGCGACAUAAGAUAUCCAUACCAGAUGAUGAGGAUUCAUAUGGGAUGGGAAUGAUUCCGCCACCUGUUCCUCCGCGGGCUCACUCGCAUGUGGUACGUAUGCCCGAUAGUCGACCAAUAAAUGAUUUAAAAGCCUUGUCACCACCGAUCCCACCGAAGCCCAAACCAAGACAAUCAAAUCAUGAAGUUGUCCGACGUCAACCAGUCACAAUCGAACCGUUGCAAUCAGAACGAUUCAUUAAUUCCUCCUCAGAUGAGUCUAAACAAAGUGAAUCAUCUGCAUGGAAUGAACGGAUGACCGUCGCAGUUACUCAACGACCCGCUCGACGUAUUAUCUAUUCCCGUGUUUCAGUGACAAAUGCAGAACCCCCCAGUGAACGAGCAAUACUUGCAGCUGGAUCAGACUAUUCCCAAACGGCACGAGACAAAACUCGUCGAUUCUCGAUGGCACAAGUUGGUGAACAUCGUGUUCGGGAUCGACGUCAUUCAUCUGCCGAUCGUAGUCGAGGUAUUGUCUCUCUGGAUAGUUCUCCACCCACUUAUAGUGCACCUCCUCGGUCCACUGCUCCGAUUCCAAUACCAAUACCAACCGUUUCCGGAAAACCAAUCACAACACAUCGCGUCUCACGAGUCCUUGCUUCUAGGCAAUCUGAUCUGGGCGAACUGACUGCUAAACAAAGUAAUUCGCCGCUAUGGGGUCGAAGACAGAUGUCUUUUGACAGUGUGAAUAUAACACGAGGACGAGACCUACCAACUCGUGGAGAUCGUUACCGGUCAACGGCAGUUCAGCCUGACAAUAUUGACUGGAUUCGAGCCACUCCACCGGCAUCCAUUCGCCCGGGACAGAAACAAAGUAGUGAAUUACCAGCCAUUUCUACGCGCCGACCACAGUCAAUUGAUCGAUCGGCAAUGAGGUCCGAUCGCAAGUCUCUUGCGGUACCAACGACGGAACCGAUCAUACGGAUGGUGAGUUCGCGGAGCGCAAUCAAGCGUUCAGAUAGUGAAACAGAGCAAGAUACACGUGCACUAGCACGAUGCGUGCGUCGGAUGAGUUCGCACGCAUCGACCGUUUCCAGUGGUUCCAACACACUGGUUUCCACAUCAAAUGAACAGAUUAGCUAA